UUUUUGUUUCAUUCAACGAAUAAUUUCCAUUAGUAAUAUCAAUAUCUUAAUAAAUUAAAUCAACUAAACAAAAUAUUAAAGAAAAGAAUCAUCUACAGUGUAAAUAUAAUGGAUGAUAACAACAUCAUUUUUAUUGAUCUUUUAUGAUUUUGAUAAACAAGCAUGGCGUAUAUUGACAGCCUCCGGUUGCAGAAAAAGUUUCCCAGUUUACCGGAGACUGAAACUUCUAAGCAAGUUCAAGAAACAGUUUUAAAAUUAUCAUGAUGCCGUAGCGAACAACGGAGCCGCGGCAAGAGUUCACAUUGAUUGACAGAUGAAUGCAAUUAUAAAUAUCCAGAUGUUUAUCCCCAAGGCGUAGUGUGUAGACUGCAGUUAUUAAGUGUGUGAAAAUCUUAUGUUACAAAAUUUUAUUAAGCUGUUGAGUAAAUGUACCUGUAUGCAAGUAAUGUGUGUGAUUUAUAGAGCUGGUAUAAUUUGAGAGUAACGGUAUAAAGGAUGUCUGAUAACAAAUUACAGUUUCCGCUCACAGUGUGCACUGACGGGGAAGAAUUUAUUAUCAAUAAAGAAGAAGAUCCAACAAGUCCCAAUCAGUUUCAUCAUGAUUAUGAUGGGGAUCGUGGACGGUCGAAAAGGAGGCGAAGAUGUGGACAGUGUGGACCAUGCCAGGUUAAAGAAAAUUGUAACAAAUGUAAUUUCUGUCUAAGAAGGGACGUUCUAAAACAGACUUGUAUAUACAGAAAAUGUGUUUAUUUACGAUCAAAGCCAAAACCUUAUCCAAGUCCUCAAGGUGGGCAAGAGUUUAAUCAAGUAACUUCACCCCCACCAAGUCAUUCUGUUGUUAAAAAUAAUCGAACACCUCCAGCAAGCAGUCUGCAGGACGGACCAAUUGUUUCAGGGCAUAAUGCCCAAAUAUCACAGACAUCUGCUAGCACGUUUAAUCCAUUUACACCGGUCAGUUCUGCUGGUGGACCAAACUUUUCAUCUAGUGAUUCAUUAUUUAAACCACCAGUUCCUCAAUUCUCUCACCCAUCACAACCACAGAUGGGUAUAAAUUCUCCAGAAAAUGUAUUACCGCCACAAAUACCUCCAUAUAAUCCACAGACUAUGCCACAAAUACAUAGUGGCCACAGUUCAAUGACAAUGCCGCCAUGUGUAAAUGACAAAAUGCUGCAACGAUCGUCACAAGAAAGUUCAUCAUUCUCUAGUCCUUUUAAUCAUCAACAUGUUCAAAAUGAUCCAUUACGAUAUGACUCUUAUUUUAAUCGCUUUAGUCGCACAACACCAACUAAUGAUCCACGAACGAAUCUUCCAUCACCUUGUAUGCAUCAUCCAGGACUACCAUCACCUUAUCAUGGGACCACAGGUCAUGUUGACAGAGGCCCUUAUAACGGACAUUAUGUAAGACCACCAACUAUUCCACCAUAUUUACCACCAACUUCUAACAUGCUGAGACAUUUUCCGUCACUACCUCAGAGGUACCCUAUGCAUCCGCCCCCUCCCCCUACAGGGAGAUAUGGGGAUGGAUAUUCCGAACCCUCACAAUAUCCAGCUGCAUAUAACAGCUAUGGACUGCAGCCGACAGAUAUGCAAAUGCCUAUUCAUGGUAUGUCUCAUCACCAUCCGUUUAAUACAUUUAGCAAUAUAAACCGCUACCAACCUCCACAGUAUGAACAAUCAAGUACGUGUCCAAAAAACGUCUGUGGCCCUCCUGCAUUUCCGAGUUUAGCUUUGGGUACACUCCGGGUGCAGGAGAGGCCUCAAGGUAUCCACAAUUUCAGAUGUAACCCAUUCUACCGACCGUUGCCUUGGGAAAAACAAUUCUUUCAUCCAAUUCAUCGACCAAAUUCUGCUAUGAGUGAUGAUAGUAGCAAAAUGAGUUCUUCUUCAUCAGGAUUUGAAUGUGAUGUGAUAUGUAUAGACGACAUGCAAUUGAAUGCAUAUAUUCGAUCUGAUGGUUGUAAUAGUAUUGAAAUAGAAAUAGAAAAUCCUCAUUCUCCAAAUGAACAAAAUAAAUAUUAUGACAUUAAAAAAGAAAAAUCAAUUGAACCUGAUGUCAACUGCAACUAUAAAUCUAAACUUUGUUCACCAAGAAAGAUAACUGUGACAGGAUUAGUAACAAUAAAACAGGAUUUAGGAGAUGAAGGUCUUCUUCAGCUAGAUAUACCUGGGAACAAGGUCACUCUAGAGGAAAGUGCAUUAGAUUUUUCUUUAGCCAAAUAUUCAUGUAAUAUUAUUGAUUUAUUGAAAUUUAUUGAAACUGAACCUAGAAAUGAGUUAGAAACACGAAAUGAAAUUCAGUGUAAUUAAAACUAGGUUAUCGGAAAAGGAAGUCCAUUGAAACUUUUUUAGCCAAAUAUUAAUUAAUGCAAUAAUGUUGAUUUAAAUAAUUUUGAAGGUGAAAAUGAGUAAGAAACACAAAAUGAAAUUUGUACUGUAAUUAAAUUUGCAUUAUCAUCUCGAGAACAAUUUUUUUUUUUAUUAAAACAAUGAAUAAUGACCUGUAUGAAAUCUUUUAUGUCUACAUACAGUAGAGAAAAAAAUUACAACUCAUAUAUGAGAUAUAUUUUUUUUAUUUUAAUAACUUAAUGACCAAUGUCCAGUUUAAUUAUUUUCCUUCAACUUAUGUUGUCAUGUUUUGAUAGAAAUUAUUAUUUAUUUUUCAAGAUAUAUAAAUAUACUUGUGGUCGAUGAAUUCAACAAAACAUUUUUUUUUCAUUAAAAAGUAAAACCUUCACUACCACUUAAUCAUGCAAAUAACUAUGUACAUUUCAAAUGUUAUUUGUAGUUCUACUAUCCUAUAAGACCAUCUUUUGACUGUUAAAUUCUAAUGAAAAAUUCUCCAAUACACGUAUCACCAAAAUUGAUCAUUAUGAUCUAUGGUUUUGAAGUUAAAGAAUUAUAUUUGAAGUUCCCAAUGUUAUUUGACUUGUGUCUUUUUUUCUGAUGUUUGUGCUUGUUUAAUAUUUUUUACAUGAAACAAAAGAUUUUUUAUAUUUCCAUACAGUCAUACAGUGUUUUGUACAUGUUAUACAUGUAUGGCUUAUCUAACAUUUGAUAUUGUACAGAUAUUAUCAUUUUUUAAUGUAAUAUAUUUAUUUUGUAUAUAAAGACAUUUAUUGAAUGAGUUGAAUUUAAAUGUACAAUAUAUAGUGCUGAUUUAAGUUUGGUACCCUAGUAGAUAGUUGAGCCAUAUUGAUAAGCAUAAUUUCAAAACAUCCCAGACAGCAGAGGCGGAUUUAGAGUGUUUAACAGGGGACCUGUCCCCCUUUUUGUUGGAAACAAAUGUUGAUUAUUUAGGGCAUCACUGAAGCGUGAAUGGAGCAGCAUCAUCUUAAGUAGUCAGUACCCACCACAUGCCCUAUCCCCCCUUUAUGAAAAAUUCUGAAUCUGCCACUGUAUACUUCAGUAAAAAUUAAGUUCAUGUAGGGAAAACAUACAUGCGACUCUUAAACAAAAAAAUAUUGUAGUGGAUUUUUCCUUUGUGUGAAAGUUGGCAAUGGACAAAGUUUUUCAUUUAAUAAAAGAAUAAAAGUUACACUUUUGAUUUUUAAAGUAUUAUUUGUUAUUAGCAUUUCCUGAAAAAGCAAUAAUUUUGACUUAUUUUUUUUGUCCAUGUAUCUAUAAGUUCAGGUUUCUGAAUUUACAGUACUUCAUAUACAUGUACAUAUUUUAAGCAAUCCUGCUGGAUCAACAUGUAGAUAUGUUUCCAAUGACACAAUUUGAGCAAGAGAUACUGCCCCUUUCCUUGCACAAAUUUCUUCAUAAAUUUACCAAAUUGAACUGCUUACUAGACUUACUGCUAGACUUCAGAAAAAAUUGUUUUCUGAAUAGUUUUUAUUCCUUUUAGUCUUGCUUGAUUCAUCACUUUGAUCUAGCUGUCAAAAUCCUUUAUACAUGUAUUACAACAAUUUGUUGAGGAAAAAGAGAAAUGAUUGCCUCGAAAAGUAUAAAUAAUACAUAAUUUUGUCAAAUUAAAAAGCCAACUGUUUUAUGUCCAUUUCUUAUGAGGACUUUGUCCUUUGUUUUACAAAUAUGUAAUACUUGAAUAAUUGUUAAACAAUGUACACUGAUAUGGUACUUUUGAUUUUUUUGGUAAAUUACACUGAGCAAAACAAUAAAAUUAGAUCAAAAUUACUUGCCGACACCAAAUGUAAAAAUAAAGAAAGGAAUUUUCAAUGGUAUCUUUUUCCAUUUUAAUUCAUGUUGAAACUUAGGGACAUCAAAAGUUCAAUAAAGGAUACAAAACUUAAUUCAUAUAGUUUUUUCCCUGACCCUCCUACCCCCUAUUAACUUAAUUUGGGAAAAAUUGAUUGACCAAAAAGAAUAUAUGUAAAAUCGAUGUCAAUUUAUACAAAACUUGCAGCAAUUUGCCCCACACCCCCAAACUAUUUGAAUUAAGUUUUUUAUCCUUCAUUGAUUUUUUGAUGUCGUCCCUUACUGAUCUCAUUCUGUUUUUAAACAAUAUAAAAUGUCAUUGUUUGUGUAUCAUAUAUAGAUGUGAUGUUAAUCCUGUAAAUUAUUGAGUAAAAUACUGGUUUUGUUUGGUCAACAAGGUACUGAGUUUACAUGUUUUUAUGCCCCACCUACGAUAGUAGAGGGGCAUUAUGUUUUCAGGUCUGUGUGUCCGUUCGUCUGUCUGUUGGUUUGUCCGUUCGUUCGUCCGUCCGUCUGUUCGUCCGUCUUUCCCGCUUCAGGUUAAAGUUUUUGGUCAAGGUAGUUUUUGAUGAAGUUGAAGUCCAAUCAACUUGAAACUUAGUAUACAUGUUCCCUUUGAUAAGAUCAUUCUAAUUUUAAUUCCAAAUUAGAGAAUUUAUUCCAAUUUCACGGUCCACUAAACAUAGAAAAUGAUAGUGCGAGUAGGGCAUCCGUGUACUGUGGACACAUUCUUGUUAACAUCACAGUUUAGAUCACUAACAAGGUUGUGAUUCUAUUUGUUUAACAGUUCAUUACACUGAUGUUUAAUUUUAAGAAUUUCACAAGUUUUAACUGGCACUAUGUUAAUUUAUUUAUUUAUAUAACUGUUAAUUGUUACAUUUAAUAUAUCACAAUUUUAUUUUAGUAAAUCAUGCAUAAUAAUUACAAUUAUAUAAGUGCUAUAUAAAUUAAGUUAAACUAUUUGAAAGGUUAAUGUUGCAUCAGUCUACAUACUUCAAUAAGCAUCUGUGUAUGCUGAAAUAAAGAAGACAUAUUCAUUUUACAAUGUUGUUGUUUGCCUGCUUAUAACAAUUCAUGUCUUAUUUCAAAGAAGUUUAUAUAAUACACUCUUAUAUAUUAUUAUUCUUUGAAGACUGAAUUCUCAAAAAUAAACCUUUUUCUUUAAAAAGACAAAAAGAAAAUGUUGCAAAAAGCUUAUGGAUCAGAUUUUAACGUGCAAGAAAAAAGCAUGUAUGUACUUUACUAGGAAUCUCAUAAAUAUGUACUAUUUCUAAAAAAUAAAAUGCAAAAGAGGAUAUUUGAAGGGGGAUAGGACCUUAAUCGGGACUCCAGGAUCAGGUGUUUUUAAGCUUGGGAUUUC